UCAGGACGCAGCCAAUCGGAAUCCGCCUACUUCCGGCGUGAAGUGAGCUGGCGCGCGGCGUCAGGGCGCGGCUGCGGCGCGGGCAGUUUGUAUCGUGGUUCCGCCCGCUUCGAGACUGGGAGAGGAUCAUGGCUGCUGUUCCUCAAAAUAAUCUACAGGAGCAACUGGAACGUCAUUCAGCCAGAAAACUUAAUAAUAAAUUAAGUCCUUCAAAACCAAAAUCUUCAGGUUUCACUUUUAAAAAGAAAGUAUCUUCAGCCAAUGAUGUGUGUGUAACUAGUGUGUCAGUAGCAAAAGCUCCUGUGUUGAAUGAUAAAGAUGUUAAUAUUACUGAAGCCUUUUCCUUCAGUGAACCUUUUCCCCACACCACAAAUCAGCAGACAAAGAUCAAUGACUUUAAAAAUACUCCAGCUGGACAGCAAACUAAGAGAGUUGGUUCAAAACCGUUAUUGCCAAAUUUGUCACAGGUUCCUCAGGAAGUUUUAUGCACUACCCAGAACACACUGCUUGUAAAGGAAUCCCGCGAUGCUACUUUCAAGAAAUUAGAAUUUAGUUCUUCAUCAGAUUCUCUUAUUACCUUCAGUGAUUGGGAUGAUAUGGAUGACUUUGAUACUUCUGGAGAUUCAAAAGCAUUUGUGACACCACGCCAAAACCACUUCAUAAGAGUAAGCACAGCUCAGAAAUCAAAAAAGUCUAAGAGGAACUUUCUAAAAGCACACCUUGAUAAAACAAAUACAGUAAAGACUGAUUUGACUCCUUCCUCCUCUGAGAGCAAGCAGGCAUUUUUGACUAAGAAACAGAAGGAUGACUCAGAAUGGUUAAAUAGUGAUGUGAUUUGCAUUGAUGAUGACCCCAAUUCCGAAGAGCUUAUAAAUGAAGAUACUCAGGAAAAUCAUACUUUAAAAACUCAUUUGGGAGAGGAAAGAGAUAAUUGUGAAAAGAAGAAAAACUUGGAAGAAAUGGAAUUACAUUCAGUUGAGAAAUCUUCAUGUGUUGAGCUUGAUGAAGAUGAUUAUGACAUAGAUUUUGUUCCACCUUCUCCAGAAGAAGGAAUGACUUCAACCUCUUCAUCCUCUUUAAAAUACUCUAGUGUGUUGAAGGAUCUUGACACCUCUGACAGCAAGGAUGGUCUUAGCAUAUCAGAAGACUUGUCAAAAUCUGAGAAAAUGACUACAAAACAGCCUAAUCAAGAAACCAGCACAAGCUAUGAUGCUAGACAGAUAAGUUUACAGCAGCAACUUAUUCAUGUGAUGGACCAUAUCUGUGAAUUAGUUGACACUAUUCCUGAUGACAAGCUGAAAACUUUGGAUUGUGGGAACAAACUGCUCCAGCAGCGGGACAUAAGAAGGAAACUCCUGGCUGAAGCAGAUUUUAAUACGAGUGAUGCCAGUGUUCUUGGCUCAUUGUGGAGAUGCAGGCCUGAUUCACUUGGUAGCUCUGUGAAGGAUAUGGCAUCUGUUUCCCCACCUUGUGCAUUUCCAAAGGGUGAUUCCUGUCCUACAGGGAAUUCUGUUAAGGAGUUCACUUUUCCAAACCUUCCCUCAAAUUCCAUUUCUACUGGGGAGUGUUUACUGACUCCUACCCCAGGAAAGACAGGAUUCUCAGCCACCACCAAGAAUCUCUUUGAAAGACCGUUAUUCAAUUCCCAUUUACAGGAGUCCUUUGUAAGUAGCAACUGGGCUGAAACACCAAGGGUUGAAAAAAGAAAUGAAAGCUCUUAUUUCCCAGGAAAUGUUCUCACAAGCACUGCUGUGAAAGAUCAGAAUAAACACACUACCUCUAUGAAUGACUUGGAAGGAGAAAUCCAGGCAUCCUAUGAUAUUGACAGUUUUGACAUAGAUGACUUUGAUGAUGAUGAUGAUGACUGGGAAAAUGUGAUGCAUAAUUUAGCAGCCAGCAAGCCUUCCACAGCUGCCUAUCAACCUAUUAAGGAAGGUCGGCCCGUUAAAUCAGUAUCAGAAAGAAUUUCUUCUUCAGCCAAGACAGACUGUCUUCUGGCAUCUACUGCUCAGAAUAAAAACUUCUCAGAGUCAAUUCAGAAUUACACUGACAAGUCGGAGCAAAGUUUAGCAUCCAGAGAUCUGAAACACGAGCGUUUCAAAAGUCUUAAUUUUCCUCAUACGAAAGAAAUGAUGAAGAUUUUUCAUAAAAAAUUUGGCCUGCAUAAUUUUAGAACUAAUCAGCUAGAGGCGAUCAAUGCUGCACUACUUGGUGAAGACUGUUUUAUCUUAAUGCCCACUGGAGGUGGUAAAAGCUUGUGUUACCAGCUCCCUGCCUGUGUUUCUCCCGGGGUCACUAUUGUCAUUUCUCCCCUGAGAUCACUUAUAAUAGAUCAAGUCCAAAAGCUGACUUCCUUUGAUAUUCCGGCUACAUAUCUGACAGGUGAUAAGACUGACUCAGAAGCUACAAAUAUUUACCUCCAGUUAUCAAAAAAAGACCCGAUUAUAAAACUUCUUUAUGUUACUCCAGAGAAGGUCUGUGCAAGUAACAGACUGAUUUCUACUCUGGAGAAUCUGUAUGAGAGGAAGCUCUUGGCACGUUUUGUUAUUGAUGAAGCACAUUGUGUCAGUCAGUGGGGACAUGAUUUUCGUCCAGAUUACAAAAGAAUGAAUAUGCUUCGCCAGAAGUUUCCCUCUGUUCCAGUGAUGGCUCUUACUGCCACAGCUAAUCCCAGGGUACAGAAGGACAUCCUCACUCAGCUGAAGAUUCUUAGACCUCAGGUGUUUAGCAUGAGCUUCAACAGACAUAAUCUAAAAUACUACGUGUUACCCAAAAAACCAAAAAAGGUGGCAUUUGAUUGCUUAGAAUGGAUCAGAAAGCAUCACCCACAUGACUCAGGGAUAAUUUACUGCCUUUCCAGGCGAGAAUGUGACACAGUGGCUGACACAUUACAGAAAGAUGGUCUCGCUGCUCUGGCGUAUCAUGCUGGCCUCAGUGACUCUGCCAGAGAUGAAGUACAGCACAAGUGGAUUAAUCAGGAUGGCUGCCAGGUUAUCUGUGCGACGAUUGCAUUUGGAAUGGGGAUUGACAAACCUGAUGUGCGAUUUGUGAUCCAUGCAUCCCUCCCUAAAUCCGUGGAGGGUUACUACCAAGAAUCUGGCAGAGCUGGAAGAGAUGGGGAAAUCUCUCACUGCCUGCUCUUCUAUACCUACCACGAUGUGACCAGACUGAAGAGGCUUAUACUAAUGGAAAAAGAUGGAAACCAUCAUACGAAAGAGACUCACUUCAAUAAUUUGUAUAGUAUGGUACAUUACUGUGAAAAUAUAACAGAAUGCAGGAGAAUACAGCUUUUGGCUUACUUUGGCGAAAAUGGAUUUAAUCCUUAUUUUUGUAAGAAAUACCCAGAUGUUUCUUGUGAUAAUUGCUGUAAAACAAAGGAUUAUAAGACAAGAGAUGUGACUGAUGAUGUAAAAAAUAUUGUAAGAUUUGUUCAAGAACACAGUUCAUCACAAGGAACAAGAAAUAUAAAACAUGUAGGUCCUUCUGGGAGAUUUACUAUGAAUAUGCUGGUCGACAUUUUCUUGGGGAGUAAGAGUGCAAAAAUUCAGUCAGGAAUAUUUGGAAAGGGAUCCGCUUAUUCAAGACACAAUGCUGAAAGACUUUUUAAAAAGCUGAUACUUGACAGGGUUUUGGAUGAAGACUUAUAUAUCAAUGCCAAUGAUCAACCAAUUGCAUAUGUGAUGCCUGGAAAUAAAGCCCAACAUGUACUAAAUGGGCAUUUAAAGGUAGACUUUAUGGAAACGGAAAAUUCCAGCAGUGUGAAAAAACAAAAAGCUUUAGUGACAAAGGUAUCUCAGAGGGAAGAGAUGGUUAAGAAAUGUCUUGGAGAGCUUACAGAAGUAUGCAAAUCUCUGGGAAAAGUUUUUGGUGUCCAUUACUUUAAUAUUUUUAAUACUGUCACUCUCAAGAAGCUUGCAGAAUCUUUAUCGUCUGAUCCUGAGGUUUUGCUUCAAAUUGAUGGUGUUACUGAAGACAAACUGGAAAAAUAUGGUGCAGAAGUGAUUCCAAUAUUACAGAAAUAUUCUGAGUGGACAUUACCAGCUGAGGACGAUUCCUCACGGAGAAGCCCCUCCAGCAGCAGAGGCACUGGAAGAAAUGCCCCUGAGGAGCUGGAUGAGGAAACACCCAUAUCUUCUCACUACUUUGCAAAUAAAACCAAAAAUGAAAGAAAGAGGAAAAGGAUGCCAGCCUCCCAAAGGUCUAAGAGGAGAAAAACUGGUUUUGGUGGUUCCAAGACAAAAGGUCCCCAGGAGCAGCCACAGAAAAUGCAAGCAGCCUCCUUCAGUUCAGCCUCCAGCUCCCAGAGAAUGCAACCGUAUCCAUACAGCGUCAUCUUAGGAGGACAGAAGCACACGGACUUUCCCUGAACCAAAACUGGGACCUCUGGCAGCUGAAGACAGAGAUGGUGAUAGCGAAGCCAAUCCAGGCUGGGCGCUGGUAGGGGUCCUCCAUGAGCGCCGAAAUCACCACCACCUGGGAGGAGGGGCGGGGACAAAUCCACAAAGGAGCUCCAGCCUAGGACCCUUCACUGGCCCACCCUCCCCAGGUACAGGUAGGCCUGAGGGUGGGGGCUCGGGCUCUCCCACCCUCGCCGUCACCCCUCUGGAGGGCACAGGAAGGAUUAGAAUCUGACUCUCCAGCUAUAUACAUACCUUCCCCAGCCCCUCUCCCACCAUGAGAACUUGCUCCAGAGAGCUGACAAGUCCUUGCUUAUCUCCAGGGACAGGGAACCCACUAUCUCACUGGAAGAGAGCAAACAUGGAGAGCCCAGUCUAUGCUGAGGGCUGUUCAGGCAUUUUCACACAUAGUAAGUCACUCCUUUAAUCCUUCCACCAGCCCUGGGAAACAGGCACAUAUCAGUCUUUUUUUAUGCAGAAACUAGAGUUCAGAAAGGUUAUGUAAUUGCCCAAAUCCACACAGCUAGGAAAUGGUGGUAAUUAGGGUAACAUACAUCUCAGUUUGCAUCUGCUGUCCAGGUGUAAUAAUUAAGACAGCUCCCUUUCAUUCUUGAAAGUGCUCCAGUUUAGAAGAUAAAUUAUAAGGAAUCCAGGUCUAUGCUCUUUCCCUGAACAAUCCAACCUCCUCUCCCAACCCCAUUUUUCUAGCCAAAGCCCCAGGGGCUGCUUGCUCAAAACUUCAGGCCCCUGGGGCAGGCCCCAGGGACAGAAGCUGCAGAACUAUCAGCCAGCACAGCUAAGCUGUGGUUUUUUAUCCAGAAGAGGAAGUGGAGGCUGUGGUCCAGGCCCUCUUGCUCUUCUUAAGAAACUGCUGCUCCUCCUACAGCUUGGAGCUGCUCUGAGCCCCUAAGGCCCACCCUGUGCUUGGGAGGCUCCCAGAGUCCCCACCCUGGCUCUCCUGCUCUGAGCAGCAGCCUGGGUUGGUGGCAGGGGUGAAUCUCACCCAAGCCUGUGACCCCAUCCUGACAGAGGCCCCUGAGCAGAGGGACAAUGGCCCCUAAGGCCUUUAGUGGAGGCCAGGGUGGAGUCCCCAGGAGGCUCCAGCAGUCACUUCUGACUCAAGGCAGAAAUCACGUCCCCCACGUGGCAUCACAGACAGGAUUUGGAGAAGCAGGCUGGUGGGACGUGCUUGGGGGACCCAAGCCUCUACAGGCCCCUGCUAGGUGCUCCAGGCCAUGGGCCCAGCCCCCGUUUGCUAGGAGUCAAGGGCUCAGUUUCCACAGUUGUGCCAGACACCACCAGAGCUGCUAAGACAAAGACCCCUUGACCUUUAGAAAGCUCCUGCCUUUUAAAAAACACUCACUCUCCUGUUCUCCCCACCCCCAGACUGGCUUUCCUCAGCCAGACCCAUGUUCCAUGUUGGCAAGAGAAGAAGGAAGAAGGAAACAGAAUCCCAUAGAGGUUAGAGUGGGCUGCUGGGCCCCUGUUCUGGUUGCGGGGCAAAGGACAGAACACAGGACAAGAGGCUAGCCGGAAGCCUGAACUUGAGUCCACACAAGCAAGUGGUUCUGAGGAAGGGAGGCAUUUCCCAACCAGGGAGCAGGGCCUGAGGCCGUGUCCCUACUGCCUGCAGGUGUGGGGGAUGGGGUUUUGGUGUCAUCACAGCUUGACUGCAUGGUUCCAGCAUCCCACAGAGAGUUUGGUGAGCAUCAGUAGCCUGGAUGGCCCCUCAGCCUACUCAGGGGGCCUCUGUAUGUCCCUGUGGGUCCCACACACACGGCCUGUCCUGGUCCCACGUAUUCAGCCUCUGCCAGGAGCCUUAAGCUCCCACAGAGGUCAGGCCUCGGCCCCUGCCCAGCUCUGUGUGGGAACAGAGCACACAGGUCCUUGCGUCCCCCUCCGCAGGGCAGGCGACUGGACAUCCAGACCCGGUGACCUUCACUGCUCUCCGGACAGGUCUGAAACCCCAGCCUGGAAGGAGGCGUGUUUGAGAAACGAGACCUGCGGCCGGAGUCCCUCUCACGGCUAGCACCCCGAAGCUUCCUCCCGAGCGAGGGGCCCCCAAGCCUCUCGUGACCUGGGGAGCAGGGAUCCCUGCUAACCUCAAGACGGAAGCAUCAACCUCUGCGGCGGCCGUGGUUUGACAGUUACUGCGAGAGCAGGCCUCCCACGCCAGCCCCACGAGCCUACCAUGUGCAGGCCACACGUGCCCCGCCAUGGGGGACCGCCAUCCACUUGUCACCGCCUGGUCCCCGCUCCCAGCCCAGCGGUCCUGCUCCCUUCGCACUCGCUGGGUGACCUUUGCAAGCUCUGUGGCCUUUCUGAGCCUCAACUUCUCAUCUGCACGGUAAACGUAGCCGCUGGCCCUGCCGCCCGAGCUCGUUGCCAGCACCUCUGGUCAGAUGUCCCACAAAUGUUUGCUGGGCCAAACACAGAGAGCCAGGCAUGGCCCUGGCACUCGGGGAGGUCACAGUCAGGGAGGGAAACAGCGAUCGCUCACCCCGGGGGAAGGAGAGAAGCAGCAUUGGGGUGUGGGGGUGCUGCGGGAGCCCCCAGGGGAGACCUAAUCCAGUCCAGUGGGCACAGGAAAUGAAGUUUGAGCCUUGGAGAAUGAGUAGGAAUUCAGAACACGAGAAGGACACCCCAGGGAACCGCAGGGGUAAAGGCUGGAGGUGUGAUGGAGCUUGGCCUGAGAGGGGACCUCCCCAGGGUUAAGGACGGGCUGCGGGAGGUGGAGAAGCCAUCCCAGAUGGUCCUGGCUGAGGGGCGGGACCUGUCCCCAGGGAAGGCUCUGAAGCCGGAGAGACGUGAUCCAAUUUGCCUUCGAAAAAUUACUCUGACCCCAGGGUCAGAAAAGGAUUGGAGUGGGUGAGGCCGGACGCCAGCAGACAGGCAGGAGGCUCUUGCUCAUCCAGCAAGAGAAGUAGCAGCUCUCAGGGUAGCAAGGUGACAGGAGUCGACAGAUCCCACGGGCCAAGGAGGGGACAUGGGGCAGGGACAGGGGCUGUUGACAUGCUUUGAAGACAUCCCUGAGAGAUAGCGAUCCCACGUCAGGCAGACCGACAGUCCUGGCCCUUUCCAGGUAGGAGGACGCUUUGUUGCCGGAGGGGUCAAUUUGGGAGCCCCUGGUCCAGGCCCCAGUGCAGCCCCCCUGGGGCCCAGGAUCUCCUGCGAUGUGUGGGGUAUGCAUGCGUGUGCGCGUGAGGGUUCUGUCCAGCCCAUGUUGCCUCCUCCGAGCUUGGCAAGUAAAUCCGCAAAGGCCAUACCAACACCCCACAAAAAAAUGCCAACUCUGUGCUAAUUUAUUUUUUAUAUUUAAGAGCAUGUGAUGAAUGCUCUGCUUAUUGACCUAGAAAGUCAUCCACAGCAUGUUUUUGAGAAGCCGAACAGAAUCCUACUCCUUUGCUGUAAAUCCAUGCCACCCUGCUGCCCAGCCUGGGACCCCAGGUCCCUCGUGGGCUGCAGGAAGGGCCAUGUCAUAAGGCACAGCACUCGGCAUUGUAUGUCUCUUAAAUGACAGCUCAGCUCAUUUUUUUUAAAAGGCUACAGAACAACAUGACUAGUAAAGAUUUUGUCACUUUACCUGUGUGUGUGUGUGUGUGUGUGUGUUUAGAUAGAGAGGGUUGUUCACCAAAAUAUUAACAGUAGUGGAAUUGAGAUGAUUUUUACUUUUCUGAAUUGCUUGACUUUUUACAAAAAAACUCUAUCAUUUUUAUAAUCAGAAUAAAACAAGGGAGAGCCACUCGGCCACCUUGGGGUUUAGCUUUGCUCCAGAAGGGCUGUGGGGUCAGAGCCCCCAGUGGACUAGGAAUAGGCUGUGGGCCUGGAGCAAGCACCCCCUCCCAGGGCCAGCCCAGGGCCAGGACCAAGCGAGGCCAGCAGGCGUCAGUGGAGUUGAACUUGCACAGGGUGCUGAGGCUGGAGUGGCCCUGUGGCCUCUAGGCUGGGGACCCCAGGGUCUGGCCAUUGCCACUGGGGCCACCCUGCCCAUUCCUGAGCAGAAGGCAACACUUCCCCACCUGGCCACCCUUCUCACUUCCAGGGGACGAGUGCCCUGUGCUGGGUCACCUGCCUAGGUGCCAAUGGGGAGCACAGCAGGAGCUCCAGCUCAAGGAGAGGGUGCUGCACAGGGGAAAGGAGAAGGGGGCCCCAGGUGGCCUGCAAGGACCCCCACCCUACAAGUCCUGCCACUCCCUCCGCAGUCCUUAGCUGAGGUCUGCACUUUGCCCCAGACCGGGGUUCUGGCUGGAAGGACCUAGCACACAGCAGGUGCCUAAUAACAUAUGUUGGAUGAGUGGGUGAAGGGGCCGCUAUGAAGGCACCUGCCUAGAUGGCCCUCCCCAUGAGAGGAUGAGAGGAUGGGGACGGGGGCCUGGGGCCCACUGGAUCUUAAAAUCCCGCUGCCCACUUGGUACUGCCAGGCCUGUGGGGAGGCUCCCCCCUUACUGCUUCUGUUGGCUUCACCAAGACAAGUGAAAGUUGCCUUCCAGUUGGCCUUAGUAUUCACUUAGAUUUCCUUUGGUAUGUGUGCAUUGAUGCUUUUGAUUAUUAGUGUCUUACUCAUUCUCAGAAAGCUGGCCAAUUUCCCCAUUUACUGAUUUUCUGAAGUCCACUCACGUGUGGGGAAGACCAGAAUGCAUGGAAGACUUGGAAUUCAAACUAAUAAUCACUACCUGUGCAGAGCUUCAUCCCAGCUGAGAAGGCAGAAGCCUAGGUCAGUGGUUCUCAAAGGUUCAUCUCUGGAGGGCUGGGUGAAACAGUUUCUGGAUCAGAAGACCUGGGCUGGGGCCUAAGGGUCUGCAUUUCUAACAUGCUCCCUGGUGAUGCUGAGGCCACCAGCCACCCCGGGCACACUUUUUUUUCUUCUUUUUGACUGCUUUGGGUCUUCGUUGCUACACGUGGGCUUUUGCUAGUUGCAGCGAGCGGGGGCUGUUCUUCUUGCCGUGUGCGGGCUUCUCAUAGCAGUGGCUUCUCUUGUUGCGGAGCACGGGCUCUAAGCACGUGGGCUUCAGUAGUUGUGGCGCGUGGGCUCAGUAGUUGUGGCUCGAGGGCUCUAGAGCGCAGGCUCAGUAGUUGUGGCACACGGGCUUAGUUGCUCCUCGGCAUGUGGGAUUUUCCCGGACCAGGGAUCGAACCCGUGUUCCCUGCAUUGGCAGGCCGAUUCUUAACCAAUGCGCCACCAGGGAAGUCCCCGGGCCCACAUUUUGAGACCUGCCUAGGGCAGAGGAAAGGGCACCAGGGGUCAGCUCUCAGGGUGAUUACAAACCUUAGCUGCUGGGAACUUAACUUUGGGCCUUGGGCAAGGCAACCUCUUUCAUCCUUGGUUUCCCGCAAUGUCAGCCGAGCCUUUAGGGUGGGCCGGAAGCCUCCAGAGGGUGUUUAGGAAUGUGCAGGUGGAACAGCCUUGCUUGGUGAGAGCUAUUUGCAGGAAGGGGUCUGUUGUCACAGAAAAGCUCCUCCAGCAUCCAAGUACGUCUUCAACAGACUCGGCAACAGGGAAGCAGAAGCAGGAACGCUGUUUCCCACAGGCGCUUUGCAGAGAGCACUGGAGGUAAAGGAAACCUUAAAAGCAGUGGAAAGAGUGUAAGUUGAGAUUUCCCAGUCCUUGCCAGCCUAUGGAGUCAAAUGGGGUCACAUGACCUCCCAAAUUUGCUGGAGAGCGGACUUCUGUCUCCCUGCCAAGCCAGGCAAAUGCCACUUCAUGAUACAGUCCACUGGGGAUUUGAGAUAGGGGGCUUGGGGCGCCAGUGUGCUACAGAGGCGCUCCAGAAAACCGUCAUUUCAGCAUCCACUUAGAGCCUGGUCCCUUUGCCUUGACCCUACAACAUCCAAAGCCAAACCUCAGAACAGGAUGGGGCCAGUCACCCCGUGGGCUGUGUUUCACCAGUUCAUAGCAAGGAAGACUAUCAAUGGCUCUGGAGUCAGAGUGCUUGAGGUCAAAGGCCAACUGAAUCCAUUUAUUGUGUGACCUUAAGUAAGUUACUUAACUUCUCUGUGCCUGAGAGUGAUCAUAAUAGCAUAACCCUAUGGGAUUGAUUGUUAUGAGGGUUUAAUGAGAUAAUGCGUGAUCAGCAGGUAGCACACUGCCUGGCACUCACUGAACAUGAACUUUUGUUAUUGUAGCAUAGACCCCCCCUAUGUGUUGUCUGUUGCAUAUAUCUGUGCAGAAAUUGACUGGCGAAUAAACUGGAUGUAGUCCUUACUCAGCUCAGCCAUUCUCAACUUGAUCCUUUUUUUGAAAUUGCUCUCUCAAAAAAAGAAGCCACCACCCGAGAGGGCAGUCCUGGAGAGGAUGACUUCACCCCGUCUGCACUGGGCACCUGAGAGCAUUGGGAUGCUGUCUAUGAGAGAGAGCUGCAAACUUGCCAAGAGUAUGGGGAUACAGGAGAGAUCUGGUUAUGGCUUGACUAAUAAGGUGGAGGCAGAAACACAAGAUUCCAUUGGAUGCAUCAGUGCUUGAUACUGGGACGGGAAUGGCAUUCUACUGGCUAACCUUGUUGGUCUGAUAGAGAAGGAAAUGAGGGAAACUGGGAGAAAAUGAAGAUCUUGAAGAAUAUGGCUUGAGAUCACUAAAAGAAUAGGAGGCAAAAUUUGGUUUCUUUAAUAUUUCUGAAAUGGAUUACUCUCCUUCUGCAAUACAGCUUUCUGGAAGUAUUAUAGAGAAAGAAGUUUUAUCUAACAUUAUGUUGAACGUGGAAGACUUUUGGGGGCUUCCCUGGUGGGUCAGUGGUUAAGAAUCUACCUGCCAAUGCAGGAGACACGGGUUCGAGCCCUGGUCCAGGAAGAUCCCACAUGCUGCUGAGCAACUAAGCCCGUGUGCCACAACUACUGAGCCUGUGCUCUAGAGCCCGAGAGCCACAACUACUGAACCCGCGUGCCAGAACUACUGAAGCCCGUGCACCUAGAGCCCAUGCUCCACAACAAGAGAAGCCACUGCAAUGAGAAGCCUGCACACCACAGUGAAGAGUAGCCCCCGCUCGCCGCAACUAGAGAAAAGCCCACGUGCAGCAAUGAAGACCCAGUGCAACCAAAAAUUAAUUAAUUAAUUUUUUUUUAAGUUAUUAAAAAAAGAAGACGACUUUUUGAAUCCUUCCACAAAGCUGUCUGGAUUUCAUAUUUGUAUUGACAAAGGAACUUUUGAUGCCAUAUGCCUUAAUCCUGACAAUGCAAUUGAGAAGAGGAAGCAACAUGUGAAAUCUCUCUCCAGGGUGAGAGAAUAAACCUGACACAGAAAAUACAAGUGCAAGUAAAUGUUUAGUAAGUACACAGGAUGCACAUGUUGAAUAGAUAAAGUGGGUUGGUAAAAAAAAAAUCAUGAGCAUGUAAGUGGUUGGGUUUUAGAGAUCAACCAAGAAUAAUUUAAAAUUUUCUUUUGUAUUUGAGAUGUAAAUAUUUUUCUUUCUGAUUAAAAAAAAAUUCCUGUAACUGCUGAACAGUUAAAAACCUUAAAGCAGUAAAUGAAUCUACAAAAAGCAAAAAAAAAAGCCUCCUUCAGGCAUGGACACAUCCAGCUAUCUAAUCAUCAUAAGCAACCAGAUUCUGGGUUCUGGAAAUUGGCAGACAGCACCUCCUAACAUAGGAGGUCUCAAUACAGACUCUAGGAACCCCUGGAAGACCCAGGGAUGGAUGUCAGAGGGUGUAUAAACCUCUAAAUUGUAUGUACUCUUUUUGUAUGUCUGUGCAGAUUUCUGGGAGAAGGGCCACGACUUUCUUCAGAUGGUCAAAGAGACCAGCACCCCUAGAAAGUUAAGAGACCCUGCCUCAGAGAGACUGAAGAAGGCCUCAGCAGGCUCCCUGGACAGUACAGCUCCUCCCAGGAGCACACAGGGGCUCCCUGAAACCAAGACCCAGGACUGAGCUAGCUCUGCACGUCCUUACCUGAGAGCCAAGCCUUCUCCAAAGUGAGGAGAGGACUCAACACUACAAAAUGGGGAGAACAAAUUAGGAAUUGUAAACACCAGGCAAAAAAGCCUGAUGACAGUUCGCCAUAAUGACCAGCUGCCUGCAAUCUGGUGGGGGAGACAAGCCUUGGGGAAGAGGAAGGGAGCUGCCCCAUCACAGACCAAGCAGAUGGUGUGCUCGGCAGGGUGGCCGGGACAGCCGGAGGAUCGGGCGUGGAGAGGUGUACAGAGUCCAUGGUGCAGCUCAGACUAAAACAGUCGAAAGAGCUGCAGAACAGGGUGAGUGCAGGCUCUGGGGCAUAUCAGCCACGUGAGCCCUUAGCUUCCCUUAGCCUCGCUUUCUCAACUGAAAAAUGGGAUUUGGUGGGAUGGUGGUAGAUACCUGGCCUGUCUCCUCCUGGGCUUGCUGUAGAGCCAAGAAGCCCGUGCAUGUUGUGAUGGGUUCAAGGUCGGCUGCAGCAGCAGCUGGGGCCUGGGUGGCCUGAGUCUGAAUCCCAAGUUGGCACUUUCUCCCUGGGCGCUCCUGUGUCUAAUGGGGUCAGGGCGGUCCUGCCACAAGGCUCGCUUCCUGGACUUCCCAGAGCAUGGCAAGCGCUGGGCAAGCCGUGGCCACCGUCCUCAUUCACACGCUCAGCGGGACACCCUCGGGGGCUACUGUCAGCCCCCUCUGUUUUGGUAAGAGCUGUGCAAACAGAGGGCUGGGAUUGAACAACAGAGAGGAAUCCAGGUGGGGGUGGGAGAGGAGGAGGAGGGGGCAUUUAGCAAGGAAAGAGCAGAAAUGGCCCAGAGAGAAAAGCAGUUGCAGCUUUAUUAUGGGGAAGGAUGAGAUUCCUUUUCCCCAUCUCCUCACAAAAAUACUCCAAUCAAGUAUUUCUUGUUUCCCUGUGGAAUGGAUCUAUUCCAAGCUCAGCAGCUCCAUUACAGGAAGCCUGCGCUUCCCAUGCCUUUACAGGAAUCCACCCUUACCGCAACCUGUGAGAGGGUCCUGCUAGUCCCUGAGGCAGCUGAGCCCUGAAACCAGGCAGGUGUUGGGCCCGGGAUUCUCCUCAGGCUGCCUGAUGUCACCAGGCUGGUGGGGCAGGACGAGAACAGGCCGGGGGCUGACAACACCCAGGACACGCUGAGAGCUCGACCCAGCUGCCCAGAGGCUCCUGGCCCAUCCUUUUUUUUUUUUGACCAAGUCCCACGGCAUGCGGGAUCUUCCCUGACAGGGAUUGAACCCACACCCCUGCAGUGGAAGCGCAGAGUCUUAACCACUGGACCUCCAGGGAAGUCCCUGGCCCAUCCUCUUGAUGGAGGGUCAAGCUGCACUGCCCUGUCAUGGCCCAUACUGCUCCUGCAGCCCCUUCCCUGGGCAGGUGCGGGACCCUCCCAGAAAGGCCUGACCGACCCUUUUUUAGCCUUGAUCCCAGAUUCCCCAUCUAUUCUGAUGCUGCUUCCUCACCAGGACAACUCAACCUGCCACCUGGCCCAAGGUCCUGACCAGGUCCUGGGCUGGUGAUGAGAGCGUGGCUAUGGGGCAGUGGGUGAAUGGGGUGAGGCAGGCAUGAGGGGAAGUGGGGUCACUCCUCCUGGGAGGGCUUGGAUUGGUGGUGUGCCUCCUGGCCUGGCCCCCGUCCCCAGUGACGCUCCGGACCGAAUUUCCCCAGGGGAAGGGCCACAACCACAUAUUCUCUUCAAGGCCCCAAGAUGGGAAGUGAGCUGCUCAUGCCACAGGCAAAGACCUUCCUGCCCUCUGAAGUUGGCUACCCUGAUCCCGAGGCCCCAUAUCUGGGGUUGGAAUUUCCAGUUCUUCAAACCUGUCUGUUCAGUUCUUCAAACCUGUUGCUGACUUGCUACGUGACCUUGGGCAAGUCACUUCCCUCUCUGGGCCUCAGAAUCCUCACCAAUAGAAUGAGUGAUCCAAUAUGCCCACCCACUAGGACAUUCCAAAACUAUGAAAUGUUCAUAGCCAUGUGAUCUUACAUAAUGAGACACAUUCCUUUGAUCUGACAAAAAUGUAAAUGGCCCUGGUAAAUGACUCAGCAGUCCUCAACCCUGACCUGUACAGCCACAUCACUUGGGAUGGGAAGGGAGAGGUCCCACCCAGACCCACAGCAUCCGAGUCUCUGGGCCUCUAGGCCUCUGGGUGGGCAGGACCUGGAGAUUUGCAUUUGUUAAGAGGCUGCCUAGGAGAGGAUUUCAGACUUUAGAAGGCAGAGUGAGGGGAGAACACAGACUCUCCCUACCCCAGUACCUGACAAAGUGAGCAACAACGACAAAUUAUGAAGAGAAUGAGCCGACAAUCUCCAGAGCAGUGGCCUCCAGGGCCCUCCGUCCUCACGAAUCCUGGGCUGCCUGGGACAUGGGAGUAGGACACAGGCCUGACUGGCUGGGCAGAGGGGGUCUGGGGUGCAGGGUAUGUGAGGGAUGGCAGGAAACAGAAGACCUGUGCCCCCAGCAAGGGUGGCCUCGGUGGGGGGAGUCUCCCCCAACCCCUGCACAUUUGGGCUCCCAAAAAGCAGACUAAAAACAACACAGCUCUCGAAACCCUCCUUCUGGGGGAAGGCAGCCUGGUUCCCAUGUGAGAAGUGGUGGAGUUGCUAAAUUAACUGAGCAAGAUGAAAAGAACUCGCAAGGCCACCCUGCCAACUGCCAGGAAGGGGAAGAAAAUCUUAUGAGGGCACGGCUGGGAGGGGAUGGGGCUGAGGAUCAAAGGCAGCUUCCCUGAAACUAAUAGCUUCAGGAGAGAGAAAAGUUAAUGAGAAGAUGAGUCGGAUAUAAAAAGAGCACAGAGGAGAGACGAUUAAAAAAUAGCAUCAGGGGCUUCCCUGGUGACGUAAUGGUUAAGAAUCCACCUGCCAAUGCAGGGGACACGGGUUCGAGCCCUGGUCCAGGAAGAUCCCACAUGCCGUGGAGCAGAUAAGCCCUUGCGCCACAACUACUGAGCCUGCACUCUAGAGCCCGCGAGCCACAGCUACUGAAGCCUGUGUGCCUAGAGCCCGUGCUCCACAACAAGAGAAGCCACCCCAAUGAGAAGCUUGCGCACUGCAUCAAAGAGCAACCCCCGCUCGCUGCAACUAGAGAAAGCCCGCGCGCAGCAACGAAGACCCAACGCAGCCAAAAAUAAAUGAAUUAAUUUAAAAUAUAUAUAUAUAGCAUCAGGAGAUGCAAAGAGAGCUUGAAGAGGAAAGGACACACACUAAGGACCCAAGCAGGACCACUGCACAUCUAAAAACGGAGUUACAACACAGGGCCCAGGUCUGAAAAGCAAAUUCAUGGCACAGAGAGAAACUUGAACUAGUCACAGUGAAUUCAGAGAAAGAGGACACAUAAAUUCAAACAACUAAAGAGAAGAUGAUCAUUAUGGAACACAGACCUUCCCACCUCAGAGGGCUUGGAGUCCCUGAAGUAGAUUAUCCAACAGCUAAAGCAAAAGAAUGUUUAGAGAAACUCUCCCUGAACCAAAGGGAGAACCCACUGUGUUGAUUGAAAGGGUACAAGAGGGAUUCAGACUGAUCAACACCGGGAGCACACUGAAUCCGGUGGAGUUGCUGGACUUUAAGGAUAAAGAAAACAACCCUUCAGGCACCCAUGAGGAAAACCCAAGUCAACAAUGAGGGGAGAGAAAAAUCAGUCUGGCCUCAUGAAAAGAAAAUAAAAGUGGAGUCAGUAUUGCUAAGGGAGCUCUCUAAAAUGGAGCCGGAGGCCACUGAGGGAGUGUGACUUAAGCAUGCCUCAGCCCAGAUGGAAUCUUCUCGUCUUAACACAGGCAUCCAGAACAUCUGUCCAAUGUCCCAGAGACUCCAGAUACAUAUUGGACCCUUACCCUCAAAUAAUUCAUGACAGCCAAUCCCUUAAGGACAAAUAUUUCCUUUCUUGCGUCAGCACAGCCUCGUGGCUUUUGCCUUUACAAGCCCCUGACUCUUCCUCUCCCCUGGAACACUUUUUUGGUUUUACCCAAGUCUGUGUCUCCUGACUUAAAAUCCUUAAGACCCCAAAUAAACUCUUUCCUUAUUUGUA